CAGAGGGCCGCGGGGUCUGCCGGGAAAGGCUUACGAGCUUAAGUUAAGCGUUAAGGGGCGAGUAUGGCUGUUCCGCGAGUGUUCCCACUUUCCUGUGCCGUGCAGCAGUAUGCCUGGGGGAAGAUGGGUUCUAACAGCGAAGUGGCACGGCUGCUGGCCAGCAGUGACCCACUGACCCGGAUCGCAGAGGACAAGCCCUAUGCAGAGUUGUGGAUGGGGACUCACCCCCGAGGGGAUGCCAAGAUCCUUGACAACCGCAUCUCACAGAAAACCCUCGGACAGUGGAUUGCUGAGAACCAGGACAGCUUGGGCUCAAAGGUCAAGGACACCUUUAAUGGCAACCUGCCCUUCCUCUUCAAAGUGCUCUCAGUCGAAACAGCCCUAUCCAUCCAGGCACACCCUAACAAGGAGCUGGCAGAGAAGCUACACCUCCAGGCUCCACAGCACUACCCCGAUGCCAACCAUAAGCCAGAGAUGGCCAUUGCCCUCACCCCCUUCCAGGGCUUGUGUGGCUUCCGGCCAGUUGAGGAGAUUGUAACCUUUCUGAAGAAGGUGCCUGAGUUCCAGGUCCUGAUUGGAGAUGAUGCAGCAACACACCUGAAGCAGAGCAUGAGCCGUGACUCCCAGGCUGUGGCCUCUGCUCUGAAGAGCUGUUUCUCCCACCUGAUGAAGAGUGAGAAGAAGGUGGUGGUGGAACAGCUCAACCUGUUGGUGAAGCGGAUCUCGCAGCAAGUGGCUGCCGGAAACAACAUGGAGGACAUCUCUGGGGAGCUUUUGAUGCAGCUGCACCAGCAGUACCCCGGUGAUAUCGGCUGCUUUGCCAUCUACUUCCUGAACCUGCUUACCCUGAAGCCUGGGGAGGCCAUGUUUCUGGAGGCCAACGUGCCCCAUGCCUACCUGAACGGAGACUGCGUGGAGUGCAUGGCGUGUUCAGACAACACAGUGCGUGCUGGCCUGACACCCAAGUUCAUUGACGUGCCAACCCUGUGUGAAAUGCUCAGCUAUACCCCUAGCUCCAGCAAGGACAGGCUCUUUCUCCCAACACGGAGUCAGGAAGACCCCUACCUCUCAAUCUAUGACCCCCCUGUGCCAGACUUCACCAUUAUGAAGAUGGAGGUCCCCGGCUCCGUCACUGAAUACAAGGUCUUGGCACUGGACUCUGCCAGCAUCCUUCUGAUGGUACAGGGAGCAGUGACAGCCAGCACACCCACAGCCCAGACGCCAAUCCCUCUGCAGCGUGGCGGCGUGCUCUUCAUUGGGGCCAAUGAGAGUGUCUCACUGAAGCUUACUGAGCCGAAGAACCUGCUGAUAUUCCGUGCCUGCUGUUUGCUGUAGAGGCCACAGCCUCCCUAGCUGUCCUCUGCCAGUCACCCUGAAUUCCAGCCAGCCUCACCUCAGGCCCAGCUCAAGCCCCCUUCCUUGCUCUGGACCCCUUAGGUAUACCCUGGAAGAGCUGGGGUGGAGGAGGGAGCCUGAAGGUAGUGACUCCUGAACACACCUAGAUGGAACCAUCUUUGGGGAGGAGAGGCCCGUGUGAGGGGUCUGACACUUUCCGUCUUCUCUCUCCACUCUUUGCUACACCUGAGCCAGGCUCUUGCCAACUCUGCUCUAGCCUAUGGCUCCAGGCUAGCCGGCAAAAUCCGUGACCCAGCAUUAGCUCAGCAUCUGUCGGAGCAAGAGGUCUGGUAAUUUCCAAGAACAGUGUUCUUGCCCUGGGACUACCCAUUUCCUCAGCUGCGGAGGAGGAAAGGGAAAGGGAAGGCCUGUGGACUGACAUUGUUUACACCCUCUUGUUCUGUCAAAGCAAUUAAAAGUCACUUGUGUUGAGGCUGUGGGGUAAUGAGCACUCAGCCUUUGGGGUACCUGUUCCUAAAAUGGGCCGAAAGUGCCCUCCUUGCAUGAUGCCCCAGUUUUUGCGUUAUGCCUACUUCACAGUUUUCUGGGGGUGGGUAAACUAUACUCCAGAACACUUGUAUGGGAAGGAGUGGAAGAGGAAGCCAGCUUCAGCCUCAGAGGCACAGCUGCAAGCAGGCCUUGGGUCCUCCAGCCCUACAGAGAGAAGGUGGCUCAAAGGAUACACCAAUCAUCAGUGCAAGAUGCUUCGCUCCUGUUUUUCAAUUGGCCCUAGAGCAGGGGUCAGCAAACCAGGCUGGCAGGCCAGUUCUGGCCAAACCUGUUCAUUUAUAUACUGUCUGGCUGCUUUUAAGCCACAGGGGCAAAGUUGAAGAGUUGCACUAGACUGUAUGGCCUGCAAAGCCCCAACUACUGAUUGUCAACCCCUUCUCUAGAACAUACUCAACUGUUGCAGAUUACAGGGAGGGACUCAGGAACUGAACUAGCCAAUUUUCAUUGUGAGAAGCCCAGUUAGCUCUCCUAAGCUGGCAGGAAAUACGUAAGAGGGAAUCUCUCCUGAUGCCCUGCUCCAGGGCUGGGACACACCUGCGAGAGGCUGUCAGCUGUCUGUUGCUGUUCACGUUUCUGACCUGCAAUCGUAGACACUGUCAUCCGAGACUAAUCAGUCUUAAUCCACUGGCUCCUUCCUGUGAGGUAAAGUUUUAAAUUCAAAGUAAAGAAUCUUUCUGGGCUUCUGCCCACACUAAAGUCCUUGUACAAUGGAGUUCCAGGAAACCACCUUCAAAAAAUCUCCUGUGUUUUUUUGCCUUCAAAUUUUCUUCAGCUAAAAAACAAUAAAGAUGAGUGGA